UCAAGAACAUGAUAGGUUACUACUGACUGGAAACGCAGCAACAUGGACAUUUCUUCUAAGGGGGAUGACACAGUGGUCGAUAUUACCACUAGUGAAAAGGUGGUGGAGCUUCUGAAUCAAGCUUCUCUCAUAUCCACUGAUGAAAAGCUGACUACUCUAAAACAGGUUCAGGAGCUCAUCAUCAACAAGGAUCCGUCCCUUCUUGACAACUUUUUGGAUGAGAUAAUCGCGUUUCAGACGGACAAAUCAAUCGAAGUGAAAAAGUUUGUCAUUGGAUUUAUAGAGGAAGCAUGUAAAAGGGACAAUGAGCUCCUUGUUAGACUCAUCGCCAAUCUAAACAUGCUGCUGAAGGAUGAAAGUGUAAAUGUGGUGAAGAAAGCCAUUCUGACUCUCACUCAGCUCUACAAAGUAACAUUACAGUGGUUGGUCCGCUCAAAAACCCUGUCAGAAAUGCAGGAGGCCUGCUGGGACUUGAUCACUCAAAUGAAAGGGGAAGUGCUGGCCCUGCUGGACUCUGACAAUGAUGGCGUUCGCACUCACAGCAUCAAAUUCACAGAAUCUUUAAUCAUCACUCUUUCACCGCGGACGCCUGACUCAGAUGUUCCCAAACGCCAGGAGGGCGACAUUAGCCUUGACAAAGUUCCCAAAGACCACUCGUACAUUCACUAUGGUACUUUGUGUGAAGAAGGAAAGAGUGCACUGGAAAAGCUGUUAAAAUUCAUGGUCCAUCCAGCUAUAUCCAGCAUUAACCUCACCACUGCUUUGGGUUCUUUGGCAACGAUUGCCCGUCAGAGACCAAUGUUCAUGUCAGAAGUGGUCCAAGCAUAUGAGACCCUCCACGCUAACCUUCCCCCCACUCUGGCCAAAUCUCAGGUUAGCAGUGUUCGAAAAAAUUUGAAGCUGCACUUAGUGGCAGUUCUCAAACAUCCAUGUAGCGUGGAGUUCCAGGGUCAGAUCAGCAUUUUGCUGCUGGAUCUGGGAAUGCCUCAAACGGAGAUAACGCGAUACACUCCUGCGCCGCGAGAGCCGCGCAAGAGGCCUCGCUAUGAGCAAUACACAGAAGGAAAGAAGGUCAAGAUGGAACCGGUUCUUGAAGAUGAUGAAGAUAAGGAGGAGCCGGCCCCCCUCGCGGCCCCAAAGCCAGUCGCCGUUCCUGCCGCGCAGUCUGCCCUCGACCUCACGGCUGAGUUCCUUCGCCCGCUGCUAACUCCUGAAAAUGUCGCCAACCUCGUGCUCAUCAGCAUGGUGUAUCUGCCUGAUGUGAUGCCAGCAUCUUUCCAGGCCACAUACACACCUGUGGAAUCUGCAGGUACUGACGCCCAGAUUAAACAUCUGGCCAGGUUGAUGGCUACACAGAUGACUGCAGCUGGAAUUGGUCCAGGUCUUGAACAAAGCAAAGCAAAGGAGGAUGAAGCUCUCAAAGAGGAGCAGAACAAGGAAGACUCUGACGGGAAAGACAUUCUCAUCAAACGCAAAGCUCCUCCUGUGAUGUUGGGCCAAGCCAUCUCUGUCGUUGGAGGUUACCCUGAAAAGCCUUCGACUGCAGAAGCUCCAGCCGCACCAAAGAGACUUCCAGAGCCCAUCCUUCCAUCUGCACAAACCAAGUUGAUGGGGGCGAGCGGUAGAAAAAAAGUCUUCCGCUUGUCAGAUGUUGUUCAGCCUCUAUCAGACAGCCAGAAUGAGAAGUUGACUUCGAGCGCCGUGAAGCGCAUUCUACAUUCAGAAAAAGAAAUCGCACAAAGUGGAAUGUCCCACAUCAGAGUCAAGCUCCUCUCCAGGCUUGUGACGCAGUUUGAAGGAAUGAUGAAAGAGGACGUGCUACAAUUUAUCUUAGAGGACAUCAGGUCAAGGAGCGAUCUGGCCUUUUCUCUGCUCUACCAAGAGUACAACACGUACCUCAGCCAGCUCCCUUCAGGCCUGCUGGACAGCUAUGAUCAAUGUCUUUUCACUCUGCUGUCAGGCCUGCAGGAGAAGCCUGAGCAGAGGGAUGGGCUUUUCACCAAGCUGGUACUGGAGGCUCCCAUUAUAACAGAAUCUGCAUUAGAAGUAAUUCGGCGUUACUGUGAGGAUGAGUCUCGAGUAUAUUUAGGAAUGACGACUCUGAAGGAGCUCAUUGUCAAGCGGCCCUCCAGGCAGUUUCAGUAUCUGCACGUCCUUCUGGAUCUCAGCUCCCACGAGAAAGAGAAGGUGCGCACCACUGCCUUGGCUUUCCUGAAGCGCAUGUACGAGAAAGAUCAUCUGAGGGAUUACAUCGAAAAGUUUGCUCUGAAUUACCUCCAGCUUCUGGUUCACCCCAACCCGCCCUCUUUGCUCUUUGGAGCCGAUAAGGACACAGAGGUGGCUGCCCCCUGGACUGAAGAGACAGUGAGACAGUGUCUUUUCCUUUACCUGUCCCUGCUUCCUUUGAACCACCGGCUGGUCCACGAGCUCGCUUCCGUCUACACCGAAGCCAUUGCUGACAUCAAACGCAGCGUCCUGCGAGCGAUAGAGCAGCCUAUUCGUGGAAUGGGGAUGAAUUCUCCAGAGCUGCUACUCUUGGUUGAAAACUGUCCUAAAGGAGCAGAGACUCUGGUCACUCGCUGCCUGCACAUUUUGACAGAUAAAGUGCCACCAUCGCCAGAGCUGGUGGAGAGGGUGCGAGACCUUUACCACAAAAGAGUGCCGGAUGUUCGCUUCCUAAUCCCCGUCAUAAAUGGCCUUGAAAAGAAUGAAGUCAUCCAGGCUCUCCCUAAACUCAUCAAACUUAACCCGAUUGUUGUGAAGGAAGUCUUCAACAGACUUCUGGGAACUCAGCACAGUGAGGGAAGUUCGUCUGUUGCACCUCUCACUCCAGGGGACCUGCUCAUUGCUUUACACAAUAUUGACUCAGUCAAAUGUGAUAUGAAAUCUAUCAUUAAAGCUACCAACCUGUGCUUUGCGGAGAAGAAUGUGUACACCUCUGAGGUCCUGGCGGUGGUCAUGCAGCAGCUGAUGGAGCAGAAUCCUCUCCCUAUGCUUCUCAUGCGCACCGUCAUCCAGUCUCUCACCAUGUACCCCCGACUGGGAGGAUUUGUCAUGAAUAUCCUGUCCCGCCUUAUUGUCAAGCAGGUGUGGAAAUAUCCCAAAGUAUGGGAAGGUUUCGUCAAGUGCUGCCAAAGAACGAAGCCUCAGUCUUACAGCGUACUGCUGCAGCUCCCACCUGCACAGCUGACCAGCGUGUUUGAACGCUGUCCGGAAAUGAGAGCGCCUCUUCUGCAGCAUGUCCUCUCCUUCACACCUCAUCAGCAAGCUCACAUACCUUCCUCCAUCAUGGCAGUCCUGGAGGCCCAUAAAAAACCAGAACCAAGUCCUGUGGAGAAAGAGAUGGAGCAUCCUCCAGUAAUAGAAGAAACUCAUUUCGCUGUGCAGAAAGAGGUAGAAAUGCCCGUUCAGCAAGAGCCAGUCGUCAUUAAAGAUGAUGAAGAACCGAUGGAACAAGGGGAAUCAGAACCAGUGAUACUAGAAGAAACAGGGGAAAGCAUUUCACAGGUGGAUUCAGAAAGAGACAUUGACACACCACCGCCUCCACCAGAGACGCCUGAAGAGUCGAUGGAGGAAUCCCAUCCUGAAACCUCAGACCAGGAGCCAGUCAAAGAGGCUGAGGUUGACAUCAGUGAUGCUGAGGCUGGAACAGGCCCUGAAGAUGUGGAAUAACGAUGCACUCAUAAUUUCUCUAUCCUGCAAAUAUCACUGUAUUCCAGGAUUUCAAAGCAUUUUUUUCUGUUUUGUUUUGAUGAAAAAAUAAUAUUUCAAAGUAAAUUUUAGUAUAAAAGCAUUCCAUGUGCUUGUUUCUUUAGUUAUGAAAUAAAUAAUCUCAAAAAUA